UAGUGGGAGUGGACCUGUGUUCCUGUUGGCGUAUCCACCUCCCACUGGUUUGUUCUGUCUUCCCAUUGAUCUGUCUGCCUCCACUGAUUUGCCCUGUCUUCCUAAUAGCCUCUCUGUCCCCACUGGUUUGUCCUGCCUCCCCAUUGGCUUGUCUGCCCCCAGACUGGUUUGUCCUGCCUCCCCAUUGGCCUCUCUACCCUCCCACUGGUUUGUCCUGUCUCCCCAUUGGCCUCUCUGCCCUCCCACUGGUUUGUCCUGUCUCCCCAUUGGCCUCUCUGCCCUCCCACUGGUUUGUCCUGUCUCCCCAUUGGCCUGUCUGCCCUCCCACUGGUUUGUCCUGUUUCCCCGUUGGCCUGUCUGCCCCCACACCAGUUUUCCUGUCUCCCCAUUGGCCUGUCUGCCCCCACACCAGUUUUCCUGCCUCUGCACUGGCUUGUCUGUCCCAUACCAGUUUGUCCUGCCUCCCCAUUGGCCUGUCUGCCCUCCCACAGGUUUGUCCUGAAUUCCCAUUAGCCUAUCUGCCCUCUCACUGGUUUGUCCUGUCUCCCAUUGGCCUGUCCACCCUCCCACUGGUUUGUCCUGCCUCCCGAUUGGCCUGUCUGCCCUCCCAAGGGUUUGUGUUGGCUCGGGCUGGAGCUUGAAGACUUCUUCUGCACCAGAGGCUCUCUUCACAAGCCACCAGCUCCAUCAGGCGCUAGGACCGAGCGUCCUGAACGUCACCUAGCUGAGCCCUGCUCUAGCAGCUUAGGAGGAGGCAGGAGGGGCCGAGAGGCGGGAGCUGGGAAUUUAAGGAGGUAGAGCUCCUCUCUCCAAGUGUUUAACUCUAAAGCCACUCCUCGGGGCUGCCGGAGCCAGGUCUGAGCAGAGGACGGAGGCCGGCCCCCCAGCCUGGGUUUUGCCGCUGACUUGUUGCGUGACCUUCGAUUGAAGAUGGCGGCAAGGCGGCCUUAUCGGGGAAGAUGCGGACCGGGGACGAGUUGGUGAACAUCAAUGGAACCCCACUCUACGGCUCUCGCCAGGAGGCCCUCAUCCUCAUCAAGGGCUCCUUCCGGAUCCUGAAGAUGAUCGUCAGGAGGAGGAACGUUCCUGUCAUCAGGCCUCACUCAUGGCACCUGGCCAAGCUGUCCGAGGUCCGGGCUGAAGCGGCCACCACCAUGCACUUUCCCUCCGACGCCUUCAGCUUGUCUUGGCAUUCGGGAUGUGACACGAGCGACCUGAGUCUGCAGUGGAACCAGCUGUCCCGGCACUGCAGCACGGACAAAAGCAGCUCGAUCGGCAGCAUGGAGAGCCUGGACCACCAGCCCGGCCAAGCGUACGACGAGGGUGACCUCUCGCCCGUGGACCAGAGCCUCUACCAGAAUAAGCGGGACUCCGCCUACAGCUCGUUUUCCGCCAGCUCCAACGCCUCUGACUACGCGCCGUCCCUGCGGCCCGAGGAGGCCGCCUCCACGGACUGCAUCUUCCAGGGCCUGGGCCCCGGCAAGCCCCAGGAGGGGCGCUACCCGCAGACGGGGCCCGGGCCCCGACCUUCCUCCUGCCCCCACGAGAGCAAUCUCUCGGGCCCGGGUAGAGCGGGCGGCUCGGCCUGCGGCCCCCCGCAGCCCCCGGUGCGGAGGGACAGCCUGCGCGCAUCCAGGGCCCAGCCCGGCCCUGGGGAGAGGCGCCGGGCCUCGGCCCCCUCCGACGCCUCGCACCUCAAGGGUCGCCAGGCCUCCGACGCCCCCCUGUCGGCGAGGGAGCCCCCCGGCGGGCCCCGCUGCCCCUGCGGCCAGCCCCCGGGGGCCUGCGAGGGCCACUGGAAGGAGCGUCCGGUGGCUGACCGGUACUAUGGCCUGAGCGCCCAGCCCGACCCCGGCCACGAGCCACCGGUGAGGGAGGGUCCCAGGGUUGGGGACGGAGGGGCCCAGUGGGCCCGGAGGCCCGGAGAGGCCGCGGAGGAUCCGGCCGGGCCCCUCGCUGACCGUCCCUCCCUCGGGCCGUCGGGGCACCGGCAUAGCGCUCCUGAGCAGCUGCUGGCAUCCCAGCUGCGGGCCCUGCGCCUCGGGGCGGAGAGGGGCACGGAGAGUGACGUGGCCGAGCUUCCAACCGUCCAGGAGGGGCACCGGUGGACCUUAUCGCCCCUGCACGGUGCCCCUGGGGGCCGGGGGAGCCCCUGCCGCCCACCCCCUGGUGGAGUCUGCGACCCGCUCGGGGCCGAGGUCCCGGCGGGCCAGGCCAGGGACCCCACACGAGGGAGCGCCCCUGCCGCCGCUGGAGAGGCCCGCGGGCACCCUUCGGGGCAUCAGGAUGGCACCCAGUCCCCCGACGGGGGCUGCCCCGACCCGGACGUCGCCCCCCAGCAGCCCAGCCCCGGGCACUCCUCCCCUCCCAACUCCCCACCUGGUCGGCCGGCCCGAGAGAGCCCCCCGAGCCCCAAGCCGGCCGGGGGCCCCCGGGCCUCGGACGAGGGCGGGCGAGCGGGUGCCAGGAGGAGCGGGGGCACCCGGUGCCGCUCCACCCAGAUGCGGCGGAAGAGCGAGCGAUUCGCCACCAACCUGCGCAACGAGAUCCAGCGGAGGAAGGCCCAGCUCCAGAAGAGCAAGGGCCCGGCCGGCCUGCUGGGCGGGGAGGAGCCGGUGGAAGAGGCAGAGGAGCCGGAGGAUCCCCCGGGGCAUCCUCCCGACCCAUCCCCGCCACCCACCUCUGGACCCUCUCCUCCUCCGUCCCCGCCUCUGCCGCCCCCCUCCCCUCCUCACGGCGGGUGGCCCGGGCCCAUCUCCCAGAACCUCAGCAGGGCCCGCAUGUCCCGGGCUAGGUCUUCCGAGUGCCUCAGUCAGGAAGCCAAGAGCCACGGCCCCAGAGCGGCGCCGGAGACCCCCGGGAGUCCCGGCCGGAGGCCCAUCUGGCCCGCGGCCGGGCCGGACCUCCGGUGGAAGGCCCCCGACCCCGAGAAGCAGCGGGCCCCCGCCGCCGCGGCGCGUGGGGGACGCUGGCGGUGGUCUCCGGAGCACAAGCUGCAGCCUCACCUGGAGUCCGCCCCGGACGGAGGCCCCGACUCAUACGAGAAGGAGUCGGCCGGCCGGGCCCCGGAGGACGCCAUCCUCCUGCCCUUCGCCGACAGGAGGAGGUUCUUCGAGGAGACCAGCCGGUCCGUGUCCACGCCUCACCUGCCCGGCCUGGCGGCCCUGUCCGCCCGACACAGCAAGCCGGUGGCCCUGAGACCCAAGCCCCCGGACCAGGGCUCCUUCCGCCCGGUCAACUCGGACUGCAGGGACCUGAGGCGGCACUCGGUGGACCAGGCCUAUCGCUCCUCGUCCCCCCUGCCUCCGGAGCCCUCCGCUUACACAGAGUGCUUUGCCGCCAAAGGCCUGGAGCAGCCCAUGUGCUACCAGCCCGUGACCCACCGCGGGGAGUUCGAGUACCUCAGGACUUACCCGUUCCCCUGCAACGUCCAAGGCGCCGUGGUCCACGACCCGUGCCCCUACUGUUCCGGGGAGCUCUGCCCGGCUCUGCUCAAGAGGAGUCUGCCGCCCAGCCACCGCGGCUGCCGCUGUCAUCACCUCCAGUGGGCCCGUUGCUCGGACUGCUGCUGCCCGUCCCAGCGCCAGGUGCUGGAAGAGAAUGGCAUGAUGCGGGGCGGCGCUUGGCCGGGCCGGAAGCCAUUCGUGCAGGAAUUUCCUCUGGAUGAAUGGGAACCGGUGAAGAUCAACAGGAAGACCAGCCAGUCGGUGAGCGAGUUGGCGCGCUGGAACGUCGGCUGUUCGAGGGGAGGCCCUUUCCGCUCCUACUCUGAGAACGCCGAGCAGGAAUGGGCCACGUGCUACCGGGCGGCCUCCUCCCUGGACCUGUCACGUGACUACGACCGGCCCGGCGGCUGGACCCCGGAAAGCGGCGGGCCGUGCGAAGAAGGCGGCCGUGGGGCCCCGCCAUCCCUCCCGCUCCGGGGCCGGGCCUUCUCCGAGAGCCAGCUCAGCUUGGAGGCCCCCGGCGCUCGAGGCAGGGAGCGGAGGGACCUCCUGGCCAAGGUGGACGAGAGCCGGCCGGAUCCCCACCCCGGGGCGAGGAAGAAGGGGCCCCCGCCACCCCGUCCGCCGCCCCCAAACUGGGAGAAGUUCCGCGGCCGUCGCCUCGUCAGCGGUCACAUCGGCGGUGGCCCGGAGCCGUCGAGGGCGCGGACGCCGGAGGUGGCCCUGGGGCGACCCCACCCAGAGUCUCAGGGCCCGAUGGCCGCCGCCAGGCAGCGGUCUCACAGCCUCCCACUGGAGCAGCUCCCUACUGCCCAACCCCCGGAACAUCCCCCCACCGGGAACGGGCUCCUGCCGGACCAGCCCGCCCCACGGUACUACUAUCACGGGGGCUUCCGCAGAGCCCCGGAGCGGCCUGGCCCAGAACCACCCACCGUGGAGACCGUCAGACCCGAAGCAUUAGUCAAGGAAGAGCCGAGAAACGAAACCAGCUGGGCCCAGACCUUGCUCCCUCAGGAGGUUCAGUAUCGCCCACUGCAGUGGAGCCCUGAGCCGCAGCGACUCAGCCCCUCCAGCCUCCCUCCCGAGGAGAACGGGUCCAGCCAGGACAGCGCAGAGGUGGAGAGCUGCCUCCUGGCCCUGGGCUGCCGAUCCUCCCCAGCCCGCAUGACCUCAGAGGAGCUGAUGAGAGAUGUGGUGGGCAGAGACAGGACUCUAGCGGGCGUCCUGAGCCCGGCUUCCGGCAUGGUGACGGCCGCGGAGGUCAUGGGUGACCUCUUCUCCCCGGGCGGCCAGCACAAGUGGAAAGGCCACUUUCAGCAGGACUGCCAGUUGGAGAGGAGGAGCGAAGAGGUGGCUCAGGAAAGACAGGAGUUUCAGCCCAUCUCACCUCCCCCAGGCGGUUCUGGGAGCCCCACCUCGUAUUCUGCUUAUUACAACACCUCGGCUGGGAAAGCAGAGUUGCUGAUCAAGAUGAAGGAGUUGCCCGAAGUGGCUGAAGCUUGUGCGGAAGAGGAAGAAGUUGACCAUGAGCUGGCUCAAAAGAAGGUGCAGCUCAUCGAGAGCAUCAGCCGGAAGCUGUCCGUGCUCCAGGAGGCCCAGAGGGGCCUUCAGGAGGACAUCAGCGCCAACGCCGCCCUGGGCGAGGAAGUGGAGGCGGCCCUCAAGACCGUGUGCAAAUCCAACGAGUUCGACAAGUUCCGCCUGUUCAUCGGGGACCUGGACAAGGUGGUCAACCUGCUGCUUUCCCUGUCCGGGCGGCUGGCCAGGGUGGAGAACGCCCUCAACAGCCUUGAUCCCGAAUCCACGCAGGAGAAGCUCACACUGAUGGAGAAGAAGCGUCAGCUGACGGAGCAGUUGGAGGACGCCAAGGAGCUGAAAGAGCACGUGGACCGGCGGGAGAAGGCCGUGUUCGGAACGGUGUCCCGCUACCUGCUGCAGGGGCAGCUCCAGGACUAUCAGCACUUUGUCAAGAUGAAGUCGGCGCUCAUCAUCGAGCAGCGGGAGCUCGAGGAGAAGAUCAAACUCGGGGAGGAGCAGCUCAAGUGUCUCAGGGAGAGCCUCCUGUUGAACCCCAGAGAAUACUGAAGGGUGCCCGGCUCCCCGCGGAGACCCCCGCGGCCACGCAAGACCCGCAGGGGCCGCCCGACCCCGGGGGGGAGGGGGGUUGGGGCACGAUCCAUCGCCUCGAAAACAGGCGCCGGAGAGCCAAGCGAAGCCGGGCCCGGGCCUCCUUCCCUCCCUUAAAACCCCUGCUAAUUCUGCACAAUCUACCAAGUGCCUCCUUCCCUUCGCUAGGAACCCAAAGGAACCACGAGCACUGUGCCGACGGGUCUGUGGAGACAUCCGGCGGGAGGGCCCCGGGCCGGGCCUGGCCCGACACCUCCCUGCUGUAGGGAGACCCCGCCAGGGGCCCGGAGCCUCCGGAAAUCAUCUUCGGGCCCGAAAGGACCUGUCUCCUGCUUCCGGGAAAGGAGCCCGGAUCUGGGAUGGACCCGCUGCCACAGUCCAAGCUGCUCGGGGCCCCACGGGGAGGACGUCCAGGUUAAUCAGAGACGGCGUCCCCCUGCUUUCCCUGUCCUACACCUCUCCAGCGGCCAUCUUCCAGGUGCCGGGUCUGGGCAUCUUCUUUCCCUUCCCUCACUGUCUUACCCGCAUGGCUGGUUCAGAGGAGCGGCGGCAGCGAGCUUUCCUCUCUCCGCCUGCCGCUCUGUGGCGGCCACGGGUGACUUCCCAUUUCAGAACUGGUUGGAGACCUUCUCCAUUCUCCCCCCUACACCUUGGGGCACACACUACAGGCCUCUACCAAAGCGGAGGCCGUUUCAGAAACACAUCUCAUCGGUUUGGGGAGUGGAGGGUUGGGUGGGGGGUGGGCUCGGGCUCUCAUUUGUUUGUGUUGUAUUUUAAAUGUUCUCUCCAUUUUUAUUUAUUUUAAUGAUUUGAUUUUUUUUUUUGUCAUUGAAAGAGGAGAGGGGAAGAGGUUGAAAAGAUCAACCUAGAGCGAAAGCAUUGGCAGCUCUCUGGCUGUGCCAACCUUGGUCUAGACAGCUGGUGCUUAGGCCGAUGCCUUCUGCCUGAUGUCACUCUCUUAUUGGGCUGCUAAGAAAGGAGGGAUUUCCUCUAAACUAGAACCUCCCAAACUGUAGACAGAUCCUCGGGGCACGUGUGAAGUUGGGCUCUGAGGUUGGGCAUUCAUACUAUAGGCUCGCUUUCCCCCCCACACUUUAUUUGUGGCCAAAGAAACCCCCGCCCCCAAAACUGACAAACGUGUAACGAGUUGCCUUUGGAAACCGUUUCAUCUCAAAGCUGUACCUCGGCUCGCAGUGGCUGGAGUCGGAAGGAAAGGGUGAGCUUUCUCCUCUGUCCCGGCAGACUUUUUUGCAAACUGAUCCGUGUCCUCUAGUAAAGCUGCCAUCUUUCCUGUCGCUUCCUUGUGUCUGCAAGGCAGGGAGCUGAAAGUGGAUAAGGCUCCACCCCACUUGGGACCAGCUCUUUGGUUCAAAUGAGAGAGAGAGAGAGAGAAAGAGAGAGAGAGAGAGAGAGAGAGAUCUGCUCUCUGCUGCAUUAUCUUCCGAGUGACAGUCUGUCAUCAGCUCCCGCUGGCAACUGCAACCCCAUUUAAAGCCGACGAGUUUCUCUCCCGUAGCUGUCAGUGAAAUCUCAUCCCAAGUCGGGCAGCUGAGCCUUCCAAGGCAGAAACUGCUCUUCAUAAAUCUUUUUUUGAGGCUAGAAGACACAUUAUUUCCAAUAGUCCCCCAAACAUUACAGACUACUUUAUGGGAGAGUGUGGGUGUGGAUUUGCACCCUGGUUUCCACCCGAAUCCUGGAAGCAAAUUAAUUUCCUCCUUUCAGUUUGAAAGUAGACACACCCCAUGAAAUGUCCCGAUUGCAGAGGGCCGACGCCUUGCGGGGCUCCAGGGUUUGGGCUAUUGUCCCAAGAGCCCCUGGUUUGGGCUGGUUUCUGGUGCAUAUCCAGGCCGGGUGCCUUGCAAACAGCCUACUCUGCUGCCUGGACCAAUUUCGUACCAUUCUUCCUCCAGCCCAGUUGCCCUCCUUUUCCCACUGAGCUCGAUAGCCUGCACGGGCCCAUCUAGGCCCAGAAAAAUGCAUUCUGAGAGUUCACCUUCUCUUUUCUACCUGUGUUCUUGUAGGAGAAGCGGACGGUUUGUCCCUUAGACUUCUCUAACAUGCUUGGACCCAGGGCCCCAAGGGAACAGCCCAAAGAGCGUGCCUUAAAUUCACCCAAUGGGUGGGAAGCCCCCCGGGGAAAAUAACCAACCAAAGAAGACACUAACCUAAGAAUCAAACACUAUCCAACUUUCAGAGCAACUGUCCUCGAUGGGUAAGAGAACCCAUCUCCUAAUAUGGAAAAGCGUUUUAUCAGGUGCUUAGCCGGACACUGGAUUGGAAGAGAAUAGAGACGAUUUGGGCUGGACUAGACACUCUGAAACGGUCCCCCUCCCGCAUAGAGUCCCCGCCGGCCUCAGCUUUGAUCCCGGGAGCGUUCGUUCUCUUCCUUCAGAUUGCUGCUGCUGGCGCUGCCGCCAACAUCACCCCUUCGGGCGACGAUCACGAUCCCACCCGGACCUCGAGGCUGGAAUUUCCUGCAGCGAAUCGCUCGCUCGGAUGAUGUUGGCGAGGCCUCCCGGCCUUCGGUCCCGGGGGGUUCAUCUGGGCGGCCCGGUUCCCGACUCAGUCAAGGAAUGUGCCUUCGAGCUGCCGUGUACACUCCACCAGUAACUUCCUUUUCCUCUUCAUUGUACUGAAAAACAAUAGAAGAAACCCAGUGAGCGGAACCUUCUGCCAGGUUAACCCUCGCUGUGACCCCCAGAGCUGGAGCCCAGGGGCCGGGGGGGAAAUCUCUGUCUGGUCCCAUCUGGGGUGGCGGUAUCCACUUCGGUGGUUGGCCGCUGGUUGAAGUGGGCGAGAGUUGGAAGAAUGAGAUUAGGAUGAGGGAGGGGGAGGAUCAUGGAGUCACUAAUCCACAGCACCACCAGUCCCUGGGAUCUUGCUCCUUGAGGCCAACUUCCUCUUCGUCGUAACCUCCGUCUUGGACAAAUUCAAGAGGAAAGGGGUGGUUAGUGUGGCCAGGAACGGGAGCCGGCCCUGCUUGCCCCACCCACCCACUCACUUUUCUGUCCUAAACAGCACUUAAGGCGAUGUGGAGGACCAGAGAAGCAAGUCCGCUAGUCUGACUCCCAGGUGGAGUCGAGGCCGCCCUGGCCCAUUCGCGUUGACCUCUGUUGGCCGUUUGUUAUUAAGCUGCCCACUGUCGAAGCCUUCCUUUCCCCAUACACCACCUUGCCCCUGACAGCACUGCCUACCUUUCUCUGUCUGAGAGAAUCAUGGCUGCCCAUGCUGCCCGCUGGGGGCAUGGCAAAAGGGAGUCAGUGAACAGCUCUCACCCCCAGGGGAGGGCUUUGCUCUCUCAGGAAGCCAGGGUCAGACCCAGAGGAAGGUCUUGUCCAAUAAGAAGUUGAUGGGGUAGGUGGGGGAUGUAUUGAAAAGAAGCACUUAAACUCUAACUGGGCAGGCGUCGACCUUCACCCUGCCAUCUUGGUUCUCUAAGCAGGCCAGAAUGGUGGGAUUUGGAGGAAAAAGAAAAGACGUACUGACGCUUAGUGGAAAACCACCAGUGCACCCUCCAUUUCCCUUGAUGGUGUCCAAAGGUUUCACGACAACUGUCUCUGUCCUGCUGUCCUCUCCUCUCUGCCCCAUAUUGCCAAUGCCUUCCAACAAUUCUACUUCCAGGGGCUCCACCGAACUCCAUCAACAGGUCACAAGUGGUCGAUCCAUGAUGUACUUAUUUUGGCUCCCAACCAAGUGAGCAAAACUUUCCUUCAUUCAUAGAACAAGGGGAAGUUGAGGUCCAGGCAGGUGGUCUAGGGCCUUUGAUCUCGGGGAGGCAGGGACCCAGAGGUGAUAGUUCCCUGUGAUUGGAACCGAGAAUAUCGGUGAACCAAGAAUAUUGGUCCCGCUAACCACCAUCAUCCAAUGAACACUGGAAGAGCUGCUUUUGAUAACACUGAAGAGGGAGGAGGAGCUGGAAUGAUCAAGAGGUGAAGGGCAGAAGGGAGGGUGACUGACCCCUGAAAGGCUAAAGACAAGUCUGGAAGAGGGUGGAGGGACGUGAGGUCCAUUUUCUCGCUGCUGGAGCAGGAUUGCUGAUGAGCUGGGAUCCGACUGCCCCCUUCUUGUCUCCUUUCCGAUGUAUAAAAGGAUGAACUCAAACUAGGUGUUGCUUAACAAGGCAGUGUUCUCCCUUCACACUCAGGAAUGUGGAUGGCAAAUCUGAGAUCCCCAAGUGUGUGGGGGAAUCACCCCCCCACCCCAGGCUCCAAAACUCGGGCCCUCCUUGGUUCGUUCAGCCUGCCAGUCGACUGUUCACAGGGGACUGCGUUUAGACUUUCCGUUGACCCUCCGGGGAGGAGGACAAAGCUGGUAUUUUAGCCGGGUUUGUUGUGGUUAUGUGAGCCUGGUCAGUGGGCUUGAGCACAGCUGGACAGAAACUCUGAGGUCGGCAGGAGGCUUGAGGCCAGCUCUUGGGGAAAAAUCAGACCCGCUCUUCAGGAAUCCUACUCCCCGGCACCUCAAAUGUGCCCUUUAUUAUUUCUCGUUAGCCUUUCCCGUUCUGUGCCAUUCUCUCUACCUUCCUAGGGUGUUGGGGACUUCGGGAUGGAGCCCGUAGAGUUGGAAAGAGACAUUGGCUUUAGGAAGGUAGAUCGGGGAUCAGAAGGGGGAAGGGGUCGACGUGGGUCUGCGAGAGUGAGAGGGAUGUUUUUAUAACAGCGCUGCCUCAUAUGCCUGAUCUGUGGGAGCUGGAACCUGGUCCCAGGAACCCCAUGCGGUUCUUGGAAAGUGGGUGUUUCCUGCCCUCUGUCUUUCUCUGGUUGGUUCAGCGAGGAUCUGGAACGUUGUAGUCGGAAAUCUGUAAAAGGAUAGAGUAGUCUGGUCACCUGGCAGUACCCACCGGACUAGCCCCAGGAAAUGCCAAAUGCCCAGCGGAAUGGCGGGGGAGAACAAAGUUGGGGAGCCUCGGAGGGAGGGACAGAGGAAGGGAGGUCUGGUCAGGGGAGAGGAAGAUUCACUUUCCUCUGUGGCAUCUGAUGACGGGAAAGAUCCCGGAGAGGCCCACCUGGAAUGCCAAUGAGGCUUGGGUCCCCUUUUCAUAGUCUUCCCUUCCAGCAGCUGCUGUCUCUCCAUUCUGGUGGGUCCAGGUAGCACCAACUUCUCAGAUCCUGCAACGCUCACUGGCGUGUUUGCCACCCAGGAAUAUUCUAUGUGCCAAUGAUAUUAUUUUUCUAAUGGUGUAUUAUUUGAUGCUUUUAUAUAACAUCAUUUGGGGCUUCGUAAGUACUAAAGAAUUAAUGUUCACUGUACAGCAUUUUUGGAGCGAUUUAUUUGAUAAUGUCAAAUUUUUAUUUUUCUGAAUCUGGAGAGCUGCGCUUGUGUAUUUCCUCCUCCCGGUGUGUCUCCGUCGCUCUGCCGCCCCUGGGGUGGCCGGCCUGGGCGAGACAGGGGAAGGAGGCUGAGAACUGCAUUAAAAGGUGCUAAAGACCACA